UUCGGGAUUGUCGGUCGCAAUCGUCUAGUCGCUCCUGAAGGUUGGUGCGCGCCAGGCGGUCGUUGGCUUGGUCCAUUAGUUUCCAGUACAACUACUACAGUAACCCCCGGGGGUUGCCACAGCUGAACCAACACAUUAGCAGCACCAGUCUGGCCAUUUGUGCAGAAGGGAGUCUGGAAGAAGCUAGGUAUACAUACCAGUGAGUGGCUGGCUGAGUGCUUCAUAAUGAGAAGCUCAAAGCUGGGAAAGUUAGAUCUUUGAAAGGAAGAAGCGUCAUACUAAGUGAAUCGGAGGCAAGCACUCGGUCUGAUCCGGCCUCUUCGGUGGUGGUCAGAAAUAGGCUGCUGUCGGUUUUGCUUGCUUCUUUUUGUUUCAGUACGGUGCAUCCUGGCAACAGACAGCUAAAAGGUAUCUGGCAUUUCAAUCGUUGAGGUAUAGUUGGAUGUGGUGUGCAAUCGGAAGUGCUUCCGGUGAUUGGGAAACUGGGUUACAUAAUCAACCUCAGUGCUGGCUAGGCUAGAGCCAGAGGAAUGAGUCUCGAGUGGGAGAGCAAGUGCUAUAUUGAAGAAUGUGGAGAUUAUUCGAUUGGAGAUUUUGUUGGUGAACGGAUGGUUCUUAGCUUUGUUUUGGCGUUGUGUAUGAAGUAAAGAAUGUUCGGAACAGGUAUUCGCGUAGCAACAUGAAAUGAGGCAAAACUUUCGUAGGCAACCAAUGGACAGAGCAUUCGGCAAUGAGCCCUGUUUUGAUGUGUAGGUGCCAUUGAAAGGAAAAACCACAUCGGUCUGGCAUCAUAUAAAAAGGAAAAAUAAUCGAUAUAAUCGUUUGAAAAAUUCCCUCUCAGUGCCAGAAGCGAAGAAGUGAGAGUGUAUUUCUUGGAUAAUUUAUUGCGUGUGGGGUUUCAGCGGUGAGACUGGUUGCUUAAGUUAAUAGACAUUUCCAAACUUAGAUCUGGAGAAGUUUCAGCAGAAUCCUUUUGGGAUCGGAAGUUAUUAAAACGACGAAAACGGGAAGAUUUGAACGGACAGACUUGAUAGAUUGAAACGUUGUUGAUAGCUGGUGUCAUCGUCCUUCCCCUCUAAUGAUCAUUUUACAAUGUAACCAUGUGCUUCACAAAAGAAAAUAAACAGAGUGAUACAUGGUGAAGAAACGAGAAGAUGCAAAUUGUAGAAGCCCUAAGAAAAACCGUAUCGAACAGGGGUUGCUGAAGUGAAAUUGACAGCCACAGUGGUGACGUGUAUGGUUGAGUGGCAGUGGCAUAGCAAUCAUUAUCAUCGACAAUUUUCCAGUCCUUAUCGCAUCCGGUGCAAGAACCAGCUCGCCUCAGAGCAGCAACAGAAAAUGGUUCUCCUCUACAGUGUAUAUGCCAGGCGGGAAAUGUGAAUCUGAGAAGUGAAUGAAAAGAAGAAAAAAAAACCACGAGCAUCGUACGGUGAAGAGUGUGCAUGUUUUUUCCACAUUUAAAAGUGUUCCUCAUCAUCAUUCUGCCAGAGGGUUUAUUCAGCGAAAAAUAACCUCAUCGCAGCGGUAGUGAACGGAAACGAACGAAGGCAGCAGGCAGAGGUAACAAAAAUAGAAGGAAACAUCUAGGCAAAUCAAACAUCAUGGAUGGAAUCAUCUCGGCGACGACGGAAUCCAACCCGGCUGGCACCAACCUGCCAACCUCGAGCGAACUACUGCCGGAUGAUGUGUUGGAAAAAUUGUACCAGAGCUACGCUCUCAAGCAGAAGCGUGUCGCGUUUGGGUGCUAUCUGGCCGCCUCGAUACUGUUUGAUUUAUGGGCCAUCCUGGUACCCCAGGGCCAAGGCUGGGACAGCAUCGUUGUAACGUGUAUCUUCCUGCUACUGAACGUCAUCCUGGCGGGCAUCCUGCGCUUCUGCGGCAAAGGACGCUUUCGUGGCUUCAUCUGGGAGGUGGCGCCUCAUGCAGCAUGGCUGCUAGCAAUCAAACAGCUUUUCCUGCAACUUUUCCUCAAAGGAUCCGUCACGCCCAGAGAUUCCCUCGGAUGGGCGAUACUGCUAAAUUUUUUAGUGUACGUUACACUCCCGGUGCUGCUGAAAUAUACCGGCAUCCUGCUGGGACUAGGAUCGUUUGCAACGUACAUAAACGCAAUCAUCGGACUGGCCAAGAAGGAGAACUUUUUCUGGGAACAGCAAUUCGCCAACAUUCUACUGCUCAUUGCGGCGACAGCUAUUGGAUUGCUUGUUUAUUUUUUGGCCGAAGCGAAACAACGAAGAGCGUUUCUGGAAGCGAAACAAGGCCUAAAGGUAAAGAUGCUGAUCGAGGAGCAGUCGGCUGAGCAGGAACGUCUGCUCCUAUCUGUGCUUCCUGAACACGUGGCAGUCAAGAUGCGGCAAGAUCUUGGCUCAACAAAUUCGGAACAGUUCAAGAAAAUCUACAUGAGCCGACACGAAAAUGUCAGCAUUCUGUAUGCAGACAUUGUCGGCUUCACCGCCAUCUCGUCCACAUAUUCGGCGCAGGAUUUGGUGAAAAUUUUAAAUGAACUUUUCGCGCGCUUCGAUCGUCUAGCGGAGAAAUACCAGCAACUAAGGAUAAAAAUUCUGGGCGACUGCUACUACUGUAUCAGUGGCGCCCCCGUGGAACGUCCGGACCACGCCGUUCUCUGCGUUCACAUGGGACUGUCCAUGGUGAAAGCCAUCAAAUAUGUUCAACAGAAGACCAACUCUCCGGUCGAUAUGCGGGUGGGAAUCCACACGGGAGCCGUUCUGGCGGGGAUCCUCGGUCAGCGCCAGUGGCAGUUUGAUGUAUAUUCGAAGGAUGUCGAGCUGGCCAAUAAGAUGGAGUCGAGCGGGAAGGCUGGUCGAGUUCACCUGUCUGAGAAAACCUUGAGCUUCCUGAACGGAGAGUUUGAGGUGGAGGCGGCCUACGGUGAGAAACGAGAGGAAGCACUGCGGAUAGCGGGUCUCAAGACCUAUUUCAUCUCCAAGGUAGUGAAACCGUUUUGCCCCGCCGAACACCGAAUGAAUGGAUCCGCCGACCCCAAAGACAUCGUCAUAGAAGCCGAUGGUCCUUCGGAAAUAUUUCGUGACGAGGAAGAAAGCAAAACUCCCGCCAGUGCAGAAUCCAACACUACGCUGGACGAUAAGUCGACGAACGAUAGCGCAACCGAGGACUACAAGGUUCGACUGCGGAAGGAACUGGUUAGCCGCGAUGGUCAUCGAGAAAUCUAUAAGGAUAUCAACUGGCUGCUAAGGUUUAAGGACGACGAAAUUGAACGGUCCUAUGCACAGUACCGUCAGCCAAAUAGUUCCGUCCCACUGUUGGCGGCACUAAUUGUACAGUUUAUUGGAAUUGUGUUUUCCACAUUGGUUCUUCCACGAACGUCGCUCCAUUUUGAAAUCGUUGUACCAUCACUAGUGAUUAUCGUCUUUCUAGUCUUCAUCUCGGUGGCGGAAAGUUUUCCGGGGAUUCUACCGGCGUUCAUCACGUUGAACAGUAAACGUUUCAACGACUGUGUCGGCCUACGCAAAUCAACGGCAAUCAUAAUCGUGCUUCUCAUAGGAAUAUCAAAUGCUAGCGAUAUGCUGGCAGCCUCCGGUCGAACUCCACUGCAUCUCAAUGUCACCAACGUGUCGUUCCUGUCCACUGAAAUGCACCCGUCAUCCAUUUGUUUGUACCCGUCGUACUUUAGCAACUUCACCGUGCUCAUUCUGAUUGCCAUAUCCAUCAUUACACAGCUGUCGCAUCUGAGCAAAAUCGCACUGAUGGUUAUAGUUACGGCCACCCAUUGCUACAUCAACAUUUUCCAUUUGGAUGAAGCAUUCCGGAACGAGGAUUUCGAGAUAUCGAAUGUGUUUCCUCUGCGAUACACCCUUUCUGCUCUGUUGGUUGCGGUAACGAUUGCCCUCUCCUUUCUGGCGCGACACAUCGACAAGGUCGACCGGGUAAUCUUCAUGUGGAAAACCGAGGUCAGUGAUCAGAAGGAACGAGCCAGUGACAUGCGACGGCGAAAUGAGGCCUUGGUGUACAAUGUGCUCCCAAGACACGUGGCCGAACACUUUAUGGGCAACCGGAAGCGAUCCCACGAUGAGCUAUACUCACAAAGUUACGCCGAAGUGGGCGUUCUGUUCGCCAGUAUGCCAAAUUUUUCCGACUUCUACUCGGAGGAAACGGUCAACAAUCAGGGGCUGGAGUGUUUGCGAUUCUUGAACGAGGUGAUAUCGGACUUCGAUGCGCUUCUCGAGCUCCCCCAAUUCCAAGACAUCAUUAAAAUCAAGACAAUCGGCUCCACCUACAUGGCAGCUAGUGGAUUAAACCCGUCGCGAAUUGUUAAACCGGAGGAUUCUAUAUCGGUGCGCUGGGCUCAUUUGUCUCUACUGGUGGAAUUUGCCCUGGAACUGAAGAAAGCUCUCCAGGGUAUCAACGAACAAUCAUUCAACCACUUCGUACUGAAAAUGGGGGUGAACCAUGGUCCUAUUACCGCUGGUGUUAUUGGAGCUAGAAAACCUCAUUAUGACAUAUGGGGAAAUACAGUGAAUGUGGCAUCCCGAAUGGAAAGCACUGGAAAAGCCGGUGCUAUUCAGGUCACAGAAGAAACCUGCCAAAUCCUGCAAACCUUCGGUUACACCUUCGAGCAACGAGGAUUGGUCGCAGUAAAAGGAAAGGGUCAGCUUAUGACGUACUACUUGCAGGGCCGAAUCCCCAAGAACGCUUCUCCCAUCCUGCCGGUAACCACAAUGGAAACGGUGCAUGAGGUUGAAGAACCGAAAGAAUCCCCAUUAGCACCACCGACCGAAUCACCUGUACACCAUAUCGCGUCAGCUUCCUCUAGCACUACCAGUCCCAACAGCGUGCGCCUAAAUCAGGAAUAUGUGGAAAUGAAGGUGAGCAGUACAUCGAAUAUGGUAACACUCAACGAACACAACCACCAGCAGGAGCAACAUCUGCAGCAGACCACCAAUGACAGCACCACCGUAAUUAGUAACGAAUCCAAGCGCGAAAUGGACAGCAAAACGCUGUUGAAUGGGGAAGCCGAAGAGGUAGACGCAAAAACGCCUCUUCUCAACGAUAAAAACAGCACAAACGCCAGCCACUUUAACGAUGGCGAGAAGGAUGCACUGCUAGAAAAUAGUAAUUAGUCGGCCUGUAAUCUAUGAGCAACAUGAGGUUACAUCGAAUGCGCACACUGGGUUGGAAAUUGUCUAUAAGUUCGCGUUUUCUGAACCCUUGUUAGCAUAACCCACCUUUUCGUGUUAAUAGGAACGAGUACUUAUUUGUUUGUUUUUCAUGUAUCAUUCUUUGACUGUGAUAAAUAAUAGUUCUUCUUACAUGCAACUAAGUUCCAACCUAGGGCCCAGGUUGAAGAUAUUAGCACUCGGAAAAGCUAGCUUUAUAGUAUACAUAUAUUAUAUUAAUCAUAAUAUUGUAAUAAACAAUGCAUGUGCUAGAGGAGGAUGUGAAUAGAAUAGAAAAAUGUGCGAAAGAAGAUAACACACUUUGAAACCCCUAAUAAAUAGAAACAGUGAGAGUGAAUGAGACGAGCUAGCAGAACAGGCCGUGUUAACAAGUUUAGACUGUAGGUUAGCGGUUUAGCGAAUCUUCAAUGGAUUAGUUGAUUUACGAUUCGUACUUUUUAUAGUUUCAAACUUGUGAAAAAUUUACUAAAGACUGCCGUAAAUUAAGUUAAAUUUUACACAAAUAACACAAUUUUCUUCCUGUGACACUACGACAGAACAGCAUCGGCUAUAAAAAAAAUCAUACAAUCAUUUUAUAUUCGAUCUUUUUAAUAGAAUAAAGGUCUAAACACAAAAGAAAACAUUCCACCGAGCAACAACAAAAAAACACCUGCAAACAUAUGUUACCGCAUUGUUCAAAAUACUCCCUUGACAACAAAGUAGAAUAGAAGUAAAAUAAUUUAUGGAACCCAGCAUGAUUGCAUACACACCCAUAUGCCACUGUUUAGAACAAAGUCAUACGAGAACAAGUUCGUUGAAUUUGACAUAUCGAACCAAAAGCAGAAGAAUAAUUGAAUGACAAAUCAUUACCAAAAAAGAGCAAUGCGCAUUGCGGCUAGCCUAGUAAACAGUUUAGAAUAAUAGUAGCAUAGCUUGCCAUCAACAUGCAUUUUUAGUUUUGAUCCCGUAGUAGCUAUCAGUAUGAAUAGUUUUAUUACUAGACCCUGUUUCUAAAGCUCAGUUGACCGCCAUUUCAUACUGCUUGUGGAAGGCACUUAGUUCAUAUGGUCAGAUUCUCAGUACAAACCAUUUACUAUUUGAAUCGAGAGGAAAACGCAGCAAAACGAAUGGAACAUUUUCUAAGGAAAGAUGGAUUUAUCUACUACUGUUGAAGAAAUAAAAGCAAAAGAAAAAAACAAAUAAUAAAGUUAGCAAACAAUCUGUGGUGAACUAAUGUAGAAGUGAAUAGGAAAUAGCAGAAACCAAAACCUGGUUUGGUAUAGAAUACGUGCUAAAAUGUGAAUGAUAAUCUCUCCGGAAAAGAAUCCAGCAAUCAGAAA